AUAUCAUCCACAGAAGACCGGAUUUGUUUGCGUUCCUCGGAAGGGUCACUCUGCAGCCCAGUACAGAAGGCAAUGAAGCGCUACGACCUCCUGUCUCGGCUUAUAAGUAAAGCUGUAGAGAGUCACGACUCCUGCAAAUGUUCUGGCGACGCGUGCAUCUGCAACUGGUUCAAGCUGCGGCCUGACAGCGUCGUUUGCAUGCACUCCUCCGAUCGUCUGUCAUGCACUCAGGUCACCACAGACGACAAAGAUGAGGCACGACUGAUAUCCGACGACAGCAACGCAGCGUGUUACUGCUCCAACGCGCGCUGCACUUGCAAGUGGGUGGCAGCAGGGAGCGGCGCCGAGGUGUGCUUCUAUUCCGCCAAGGACGUGCGCUGCCACACCCGCCCCACGCGCGACGGAGCGCCGCCGCCCGCUGACAUGCAGCCGCUGCAUCGGAUCCUCAGAAACACCGUGCCGAAAAGGGGCUGUUACUGUACCAACGAGAUCUGCACCUGCGAAUGGGGCUUUGCAAUCAAGACCCCCUUUUACAUCUGCUUGACACCUGAAGGUGAAUGCGACAGGGUCGAUACCAUUGAUAAACAGCCGUCCCAGCAGUUGGCUCCUAACAGUUGCAGCUGCUCCAGCUCACAGUGUGUCUGCAGAUGGUCCAAAGUCAAGAAAGGUAACCGGAUGUGUUAUCACGGUGCUGGUGUGAUGUGCCUUGAGGUUGUGUUGAAGGGUUAGAUCCUGUCUCAGGCUGAUGAACAGCAUGAGGUUUUGUUGAGCAGGACAUGUUAAUAGAGUUAACCUGUACGAAGCAAAAUAAUCGGAUUUGUUGUGAAAAAUAAUCUUGCAUAUUGCUACAGAUGUGUGAUGAUAUAACACAUCAGCCAAAACUGUGAAUUACCAUCGCUGAG